UUUAAGUGUGGAGGCAAGGUGGGAAAAUUCGUUCUAUCCCUCUGCGAACCAGCAACAUAAAGGAUAUUUUCAGAAAACGUUUGUAACUUUUCGGAGUAUUCGGCAUACAAACAUACUCUUCGGUUAUUCAUUCGUCGCCAUCACCAAAAUAUUAUUUCCAUAGGAGCAGGCCUCAGCAUCUCCAUGUGUGGAGGCUGACAGCCAAUUGGUGAGCACAGAAUACAAAGCAAGAGUGAUUUUCUCUGGAUAUCUGCAGCUUAUCUGUUGGUCAGCAUGAAGAUUGCAGUAGAAGGCUGUUGCCAUGGGGAGCUGGACAAGAUCUAUGAGACAAUUGCCUAUCUGGAGAAGAAGGAAGGGGUAAAAGUUGACCUGCUCCUUUGCUGUGGAGACUUCCAAGCUGUGCGAAAUGAAGGAGACAUGAAGUGCAUGGCAGUGCCAGCCAAGUACAGAAUGAUGCAGACCUUUUACAAAUACUAUUCUGGAGAGAAGAAGGCUCCAGUUCUGACCAUCUUCAUAGGAGGGAACCACGAGGCUUCAAACCACCUGCAGGAGCUGCCUUAUGGAGGCUGGGUCGCACCCAACAUUUAUUAUCUGGGUUAUGCUGGUGUUGUUCGCUACAAAGGGAUUAGAAUUGGUGGCUUAUCUGGAAUCUUCAAAUCACGUGACUACAGAAAGGGUCACCAUGAAUUCCCUCCAUACAACCCUGACACACUUCGAAGUGUAUACCACAUUCGAAAUAUUGAGGUAUUCAAAUUAAAACAGAUCCAGAUGCCCAUCGACAUUUUCAUGAGCCAUGACUGGCCUCGUGGAAUAUACUACUAUGGAAGUACAGGGGAAUUGUUGAGAAAGAAGAAAUUUCUGCGUCAAGAAAUAGAGUCCAACACUCUGGGAAGUCCUGCAGCUGAGGAGCUCCUCGCUCACCUCCAGCCCAGCUACUGGUUCUCUGCACAUCUUCAUGUGAAGUUUGCUGCCGUUAUGCAGCAUCCGCCCAAAGGCAGUGCUGCCCCACGUAUAACCAAAUUCCUGUCCCUGGAUAAAUGUCUCCCCUAUAGGGAAUUCUUACAGAUUGUGGAUGUUCCAGAGAGGCCGGGUUCAUCUGAGGGUCUUGAGUAUGAUCCAGAGUGGCUUGCUAUUCUGAAAGCUACCAACAGUCUACAAAGGACCACCCAACACUCUUGGAACCCCCCAGAGAAUAAUGGCCUGCACGAACGGUGGGACUUCAGAGCUUCAGAAGGAGCCAUGAUGCAGGUGGUGGAGGAUUUAAGCGGUGAACUUGCCAUUCCAGACAACUUUAGCCGGACUGUGCCACCCUAUGACACCAACAAGCCACAGCCACAUGCCACCCCCAGCUGUAGCACCAACCCUCAGACGACAGAGCUCUGUGCCACGUUAGGUCUCACAGACAUCUAUGCCCAGGCUGGGCAGGGACAUGCUGUGCUGGGGACAGUUCAGGACAGUACUGGAGGGGAGGAGGAGGAGGAUGAAGAUGGACAUAGUGUAGAAAGUGUGGACGAGCCCAGUGAGUACCCAAGCGACACCUCAGGAUUGUCUGGUUCAUUUAAUCCAGAUGAGAUCACAAUAGAGGACGAGUGGGAAGAAGAGGAGGGAGAGAAGGGAAAGGAGGAGGUCGAGGGCAUGUCGGGCUCAAAAGUGGCAGUAAAACGAGAUGCUGUACCUGGUGAAGUCCACACCCCCAGCCGCAUGGUUUUGCCCAAACCUAAAUCUGAUGCCUCACCCACUCUUCUGUCCCAUCUAAUGAACCCGCCACCUCCCUUCCACUCUACCCCAGCAGUAGCCUGGCGUCAGUCUGAAGCAGAAAGGGAAGGACACUCUGAGGGCGAUGACGAUGAUGCCACAGCUGUACGUAUCCUAAAACGUACCAGUGAUGAGACCGGGGAUCUUAGCAGUAGAGACACGACUCCCAGAAUCAAACGCAGGAACCAGGUCAUCUAUACAACAGCGGAGGGUGACGAGGGUGAAGAUUAGAGGUCAGGGUGAGACUUGGUAAAGGAUGAGGAUUCAGUUCAUACCAUUUGUCAGAGUGUACAGUUCCCCAUUAGUUUAUAGUGAUUUGUAAAACUUCAUUAAUUUCCGUAUUUACUGUCUGCCUUUUCUACAGCUACUGGUCUGAGCUGUGCAGAGAUAUGGCUUUGUUAAACUGCGCUAAGAGCAGACUGUACACGAUAGGAGUUCUUAGUUUCUGGAUUCAGUUUCCACAGAAAGGCAAUAAUAGCCAUAAAAAUGUUUUCUCUUUGUUCAAAUAUGAUUUUUAGAUAUUUUAAUCAAACCAAGGAAAUUUUAGAUUUGUUUUUUUUUUUUUUUGUACAUAUAAUUUCAAGUCAAGGGCAGUGAGUAAAUAGGAUGGAAAAUGAAAUUGUCCUCUUUUUUUAAAUAAAUGAAUGAAAUCAUACACCAUUGUACAGCCACUUGGAAAACUCUCAAAAUGUGGCUGUUUGUGUCUCUCUUCACUUAUCCGAGGCAGAAGACAAGUGAAAGAAAAGCAACCAGCAUUCUGCACUCAAAGCGCCAUUCACAGCUUUAUUGAACACUAUACAUAAUCAAGGUGCUGCUGAUGAAAAGUCAAGUCUUCUUUUAAUGACCUUUGUCAUCUUAAGUGCACAGAACAUUGAACCUACUUGUGAUCACGGAAGAAUGAAUAAGUGAAUGCUGUUCAAUGUUUAUAAGGAGCUGAUGAGUUCGUAGUGUUCAUGGGAGGAGAACAAAUUUUAGCUUUUAUUUGAAUACUGAUUGAUAAUGUCAUCGUUGUUCAAAUCUUAUUCUGAGACCCUUAGUUCACCAUAUUUUUUUUAUCAAAAUGCCUUAAUAUGCAUGGUUGUGAAUCUGAAAAUAAAGCAAAGAUUUUCCUGGA